AUGGAUCUCAACGACUUGAAGAGCACGGUCUCGAACCUGACCUUGUAUGACCUCAAGGCCGGCUUUCGAAAGGCCCAGAAUGGUACUCCCUAUGCGGCCUCGCCUGCUGCGCCUGACGCCUCCUCCACCCUGAUGCAAGAGAUUGCCAACGGCACCUUCAACUACCAAACCCUCAACGAGAUCAUGCCCAUGAUCUACCGUCGCUUCACCGAGAAGGCCGCCGAGGAGUGGCGUCAGAUUUACAAGGCUCUCCAACUACUCGAGUUCCUCAUCAAGCACGGCUCCGAGCGCGUGAUUGAUGAUGCCCGGGGACACAUUUCCCUCCUCAAGAUGCUUCGCCAAUUCCAUUUUAUUGAUCAGAACGGAAAGGACCAGGGUAUCAAUGUGCGCAACAGGGCCAAGGAGCUUGCCGAGCUCCUAAGCGAUGUCGACCGCAUCCGAUCCGAGCGCAAGAAGGCGCGUUCGACCAAGAACAAGUAUACUGGCGUCGAAGGUGGCGCAACCUUUGGCGGCGGCUUCUCGAGUGGCAGCUCCAGCCGCUAUGGUGGCUUUGGCAGCGAGAGUGCCGACUAUGGCGGUGGUAGCAGUGGCAAUGCCAACUUUGGUGGUUACUCUGGAGGUGUCUAUGGCGACGGCGGUGGUUUCGGUGGCCAGAGCGACGAUUGGCGAGAGGGCGGCAGCGGCGGUGGCAGCGGUAGCAGAGCUGACCGAUUCGAAGAGUAUGACGAGUUUGACGAGGAUGAGAGGCCAGCUCCUUCAUCCCGAGCUGCUGCGAAGAGACCAGAGCGAACCCCGGCGGCCAAGAAGGCUGCUGAGCCUCCCAAGAAGAAGGAGCCCGAGGUGGACUUGUUCUCUUUCGAUGAUUCUGCGCCGGCAUCAUCUGCAGCACCGGCCGCGUCCGGCUUUGCUGCUAUGGCUCCUACCAACACCGCCGCCGCCUCAGCGCCAGCCGACGACGACGACGAGUUUGACGACUUCCAGUCUGCUACUCCUGCGGCCCAGCCUGCAGCCAGCAACUUUGCUCAGACCGCUGCGCCCGCCGUGACAUCGGCAGCUUCUACAACUGCUCACUUUGCUGCUCCCCAACCCCAGUCGGCCCCCCAGCAGGCCGACAUCAGCCAGAUGGUCAGCAUGGCGUCAAUCUCACCCGCGAAUAGCGCCAGGGGCACACCCGGAGUCAACUACUCUGCCUUUAGCAUUCCUGCUGCUGCUCCUGCUGCCGCCCCUGCCGCCCAGCAGGGAGGCUUCCAGUCCGGACCCAACUACUUUGGCACCGUUCAAGCGCAACCUGCGAAGCCUGCCGUGUCUGGCCUGCCAGGCAUGUCUGGUGCUUCCAACACACCAACCACCAUGGCCAACAUGAAGCCCGUCACCAGCCCUGGAGCCAAGCCCCCUGCUGCUGGAGGAGAUGCCUUUGGUGCGCUCUGGGGCAAGGCAAGUGCCAACAUCAAGAAGUCUAGCACGCCCACUGCUGGGCCUACCAUGGGCCAGCUGGCCAAGGAGAAGAGCAGUGCCGGAAUCUGGGGUGCCCCCUCCGCGGCCCCCUCUAGCGGCAACACGGCGCCCAAGACUGGCGGCUCUGCCAUGGACGAUCUCCUGGGCUGAGCUAGCAGAAUAAGCGCGUCUGAGUGUG